AUGUUUCAGAUAUCUAUUACCGGAAACGGUACAGUUGGAGACAAUGUCCUUCAUGCACAUGGUAUAACUACAGAUGAAUAUUUGUAUUGGCUUGGAGUUGUUGAAAAUGAAAAGUCAAAAUCGGAAGCUCCAUCUGCUGAAGGCAGCUGGAAGAAGAGAAUGAUUCUUCCAUUUCAACCAUUAGCAAUGACUUUUCAAAAUGUUAAUUACUUUGUUGAUAUGCCUAAGCUCCUAUCGAAUGUUAGCGGAGUAUUCAGACCGGGAGUUCUUACGGCCUUAGUCGGGUUGAUUGUAGCAGGAAAGACUACUUUGUUGGAUGUGCUUUCCGCAAGGAAAACCGGUGGAUACAUUGAAGGGGAUAUUAAGAUAUUAGGGUACCCAAAGGAACAUAAAACAUUUGCUAGAAUUUCAGGAUAUGUUAAGCAAAAUGAUAUACAUUCUCCUCAACUGACGGUUGAGAAGUCUUUCUGCUAUAAGGUAUUUGAUGAGAAAAAUGGAGGCAAAGCCGAGGCUUAUCCGGUGGAUCCUGCUUUUACAGGAAUUUAA